CCUCAUAAAAUCUUCAAAAUUUACACCUUUUCUCAAAUGCAAAGCAAAAAGAAAUUAAAAAUGAAAAUAAAAAUAAGAGAGGAAAGAAAGAAUGAGGUUGAAAAUAAUAGGAGCUAAAAAUCUCCUCUUAUCUAACAAGGCCAAUUCUUUCCACAACAUACAACAAUAACAAUCUUUUGAAAAUCUUGACACUAGAAGAAAAGAGAAGAAAUGGGGUUAAUCCCUCAUUCCCAAGUUUUUUCUCCUUUCCCAGGCAUCAAUAAUUCUUCAACAAACCAAUUUCCCAAAAUCACAAGGACCCUCAAAUUCUCAGCUUCUUCAGACGAACAGAUAUCUGUUGAAACUGACCCUGUCAAGCUUGCAUUUGCAAAAGCUAAGGCCUAUAAGAAAGAAACUAAAUCACCUGAUCCUUCUCCCAAGAUUGUACAAAAUGGUGCUAAGGAUAGUGAUGAUCAAGUGGUGCCUCCAGCUGACAAAAUUGCGUUGGACAGUAAUACUAUACAACAAAGAUCUAAUAAAGAGAAUGGGGAAAAUGACUUCAUCAAAAAAGAAAACGGGAAAAGUGACAGAAAUGCUUUACCCAAAGAGAGUGGUAGAAAGAAGGAAAAAUUGACAAUCUCAAGUAUUGAUUUUGUGGGGCUUGGUUUUUCUGAUAAUAAGAAGAGCAGGGGACUGCCUGCUGGAUUGGUUCCAAUAGUAGACCCAUUCUCUGGAGGAGCCUUGCCUGACGUAGAAAUACUUGUCGGGGACACAAGCAAGUUUGCAGAUACAGAGACAUCAAAGUCAAACCGCAUCCAAGAAGAUGACAUGAAUACCUAUAAGCCAAAGGUUUCCACCUGGGGAGUUUUCCCCAGACCGAACGACAUCUCUAAAACUUUUGGUGGUGGAAGAACUAUACGUCCAGGAGAGGUACUUGAGUCAGCAGAAGAGAAAGCAGCUAAAGCAGCACGUACAAGAGAGCUACUUGCUGCCUACAAGAAAAGAGUAGGCCUAACUAUUGAUCCAAACCUAAAACUUGAAUGUGAGAAGGCACUGAAGGAUGGUGACUCUUUCAUGGACCUUGGCAAGCUCAAGGAAGCACUACCAUUUUAUGAGGAAGUUAUGAAUAAGUUGCCGUUUCAGACUCAGCUUCAUGGAUUAGCUGCACUGCAGUGGUCUAUUUGUCAAGAUUCACUUCGAAGGUCCGAUGAAGCUCGUUCAAUGUACGAGAAGCUUCAGUCCCAUCCUAAUCCUGGAGUUAGCAAGAAAGCAAGACAAUUUGUGUUCAGCUUUCAGGCCGUGGAAAUGAUGAAGGUAACUGGCUCAACAUUCUCUUCUACGAAUACUGGGUAUCAGAAUUAUUUCAACGCUUUUAUUAGGGAUAAAGUAAACUAUUCCCAAAAUGAAGAUGAAACAGAACAAGGUGCAAUUCAACAAGCAAUUCCAUACAUUAUAUUUCUUCUAUUCCCCAUUUUUAUUGUGCUAUUAAUUGCUGUAAGAAAGGGUAUAUAAGUUUUGUAAGCAAAAGAAAAAAAAAACAUUGCAACUGAAAUGUUUCUUCCAAAAGUAUAUAAUGUAAUAAGUCGUGGUUUCUGUGGA